AGUCGGACUUUUGACAUAGAUGCACGUUUGAAUGCAACGUCACAUCUAAUCGCGACAAUGGCGGAAAAAGCAGUGGUGCAUCAAGGGUCGUCCUUUAUGGACCCUUUUAAGGGUCUGCUGUUAACGUAUUUCAUGCCAGAGUCAUGCUACGACGAGUUCUUCCUCAAUUUCAACUUCCUGGACGUACCAUGUCUGAAGAUUGUACUGAGCAAAGGCCUGGGCAUCGGCAUCAUCCUGGGAUCAGUGAUGGUGAAACUGCCCCAGAUCUUAAAACUGAUGGGCGCUAAGAGCGCUGAGGGUUUGAGCUUCAAUUCUGUGCUGCUGGAGCUGCUGGCCAUCACAGGAACAAUGGCCUACAGCAUCGCCAACAAGUUUCCGUUUAGUGCCUGGGGUGAGGCCCUCUUCCUCAUGCUGCAAACGGUCACCAUCGGCUUCCUCAUUCAGCACUACGGAAAAAGAACCGGAAGAGGGCUUCUGUUUCUGGUUGUGUAUUUUUCCCUGGUCGUCCUUCUGCUGUCUCCAGUCACUCCCCUGUCAGUGGUUACCACCAUGCAGGCGUCUAACAUGCCAGCCAUCAUCAUUGGCAGGCUGAUCCAGGCAGCCACCAAUUUCCGUAACGGACACACAGGCCAGCUCUCUGCCAUCUCUGUUUUCCUGCUGUUUGCUGGAUCUCUUGCCCGCAUCUUUACAUCACUCCAGGAAACUGGAGACUCACUGAUGGCGCUCACCUACGUCAUAUCAUCUGCCUGCAACGGCAUCAUUGCUCUACAGGUCCUCUACUACUGGAACAGCUCCCCAGAACGUAAGAAGAGGAAGAAAAAGAAGAGAGAGUAGGCGAAUGCCGCGGCUAACGACCUGCUGGAGAGCAACACUUUUCUUUUUGCAUCCAAUGGUAGACACGCCAAAUCAGUGUCUUUGAAACUUGAAAGAACAAAGUGAAGCGUGAAAUAGUGAAAUCACUGCACCUGCUGGAAACUUGACUGUUGAUGGGCUUUAUGAUUGACAGCUGCUGUGGUGAGGGUCCAGGCUCCUGCUGUCAUUUGAUUCCUCCUAAUGAGUCAAUGUUUGCAAAAGUGUGUUGAAAUGUUUGGAAAAUCUUUGAGCAAUUGAUAAUAAUUUUUUGAUUGAGGGUUAUAUUUAUGGGAAACGGUUGAAACGGUUAUGGAUACAUGUGAACAUUGUGUAAUUCCACCCUACUUUUCUUUAGAUGUCAUACCAAGACAUGAGUGAAUUUCGUAGUAACAAAGUCAACUGAAAAACCUAAAACUUAAAUGAGGCCUCAAAAUUCUGGGAUCAAGCACUGUCAUUCCGUCCUGUGCUGCAGAGAACAGCACCACCUUCUGCCUGAGUUCGAUGGCAAAACAAACAGGGAGGGUUGAGCCAAGCUAAUGCACUGCUGAUAUAUAAAUGAACAUAACCUUAGUCUGAUGUCUUGGCUUGUCCCUCACAAUGCUCGCAUGUAAACUACUGCUAGCUAGUCCUAAGUCCCAGCUGUUCAUCAUCAGCUAAAUAAGUACCAAGACCAAACAGUGUUGACUUUCUGAACCAGAAAGCUGUUUGAUUUUAAGUGGAUUACACUGUAAUUAAUUCUUUAACGUGUAACACAAUGGGACCAUGAGCGGUGAGAUCUAGUCUGAGAGCUGUCUCUAAAUAGUGAAGUAGCAGUGAUGUCAUGGAUUGGAUUUUUUUUUAAAUAAUAUAAAACAAGUUUAUAUAGAAUAAAAAUAUAGAUGAAAAAUGUGUGAUUGUUUAUGAUGUGGUACCUGUAAUUACAGUAUUUCCCCCUUUCAGUGUUUUGCUGUCUGUCCUCUUGACCACAGAUCUUUUCUGGUGUGUUUGUGUUUCAGUAAAAUGCAGCUACACUGGUGAAGGUUAGUGGUUUGACUCAUGAUUCCUGGAUACGGGUCAAAACCUUCACUUCCAAGUGAAUAAAUCAGUGUCGCUAUUUACA